AUGGCGCCACCUCAGAUUAAACAAGACCUGAACCGCUCCGGCUGGGAAACCACAGACUUUCCCUCCAGCUGUGAAAACUGCCUCCCUGACAAUCCAUACGUACAAAUGUUGAAAGAGGAAUAUGGGGCUGAAUGCAAGAUCUGUACCAGGCCUUUCACAGUUUUCCGCUGGAAAGCCGAUCGAACUGCUCGAACAAAGCGAACCAAUAUCUGUCUGACAUGUGCACGAUUAAAGAACUGCUGCCAGUGCUGCAUGCUCGACCUCUCUUUCGGCUUACCCAUUACCGUCCGAGACGCCGCUUUGAAAAUGGUCGCUCCAGGCCCCCAAUCCACCAUCAACCGAGAAUACUACGCCCAGGAGCACGAAAAAGAAUUGGAAGAGGGCCGCGGGGCGGUCGAGGCAUAUGACAAGACCGACGAAAAAGCAAGAGAUCUCUUGCGAAGACUGGCAAACAGUGAACCGUACUACAAAAAACAACGCCGACUAGAAGCAGAAGGGUCGGUGAGAUCAGGCACCGAAAACCAACCAAGCUAUGGACCAGGACCGGGACCGGUGCGAACUGCCGAUGCCAGAAAAGGAGAAAACACACCGCGAGGCUCUCGCGCUGGGCCCAGGAAUGCUAGAGCCGUUCCAGGCACGACGGUACGACCUCCUCAACCAGAAGAUUACCUGCCGCCAGCGGAUCCCAACAUCACCUCACUAUUCGUCACGGGCGUUGAAGACGACUUACCCGAACACGCGAUUCGCACGUUCUUUACGCCUUUCGGCCAAAUUCGCUCGAUAGUUUGCUCCCACCGAGCCCAUUGUGCAUUUAUCAACUACGCGACGAGAGAAGCUGCCGAAGCCGCUGCUGCCCACUGCCAGGGAAAGGCCAUCAUUCAAGGCUGUCCGCUCCGGCUCAGAUGGGGGAAACCGAAGCCGUUGGAUAAUACCGAUCGAGAACAGAGAAUCGAGUGGGCGAGAGAGGGCCGGCAAACAGCGGCCGCCGUUAAAAGUGGUGGUGGAAGCCAAGGAGCCAUUACCGCUACUGGCAACGUGCAAGCACAGAUCGAAGGGGCUGGUGGCGGUGGAGAAACAACUUUCACUGUUGCACCUCCGCCCGGCCAAGGAGAAGUCACAUACACCAGUUUGGCGGGUGACUGA